UCCCUAGCAAUGCUAUAAACACGCUUAUAUAUACAAAUGUACUUUUUCUCAAGGAAUAUAAUGAAACAACUGUGUAUUUUCAUUCAUAUAUAAUGUAAUGAACAAUCUAUUACACACACUGAUUAAAUUAUUUCAUAAAAAUCUGUUAUGAUUCUCCAUAAAUGUAAUAAACUAACAAACUCUGUACGUGUAUUACAAAAUAACUUGUUUUUCUUGUGCAAAGAAACAAUAUGUCCACUAUCCUUUUUGGCGUUCACAAUUUUCUAUUUAUCAUAUAUUACAAUAUAAAUGUGAGAUGAUGUGAUUGUAUUAAUUGUUUGUUUGACAAUGUACUGUAUUGCGGAACUUGUUCUCGAAUUUUGUUUGUGAAUCAUGACAGAGUCGGAACUUUGCCGGCUCUGCGCCGAAACCAAAGAGAAUUUUAUUGGAAUUUACGAAGCAGAAGGGCAAAAAUUAGCCAUAGAAGCUAAAAUUGCUAAAUGUUUACAAAUUCAGGUAUUAACUAAUGAUGGAUUACCACUUACAGUUUGUAUAGAUUGUUGUAUUUUAUUGAAUCAGUGUAGUGAAUUUUUUGAGAAAACCAAUCAAGCACAAGUGUCUUUAAGACAAUUACUUCUAGACCCUAAAGUUGAGCCACAACCAUUAGAAUCAAAUAUAAAUUAUAUUGAUAAAACUAUUGCAUUUCCAAAGGAAGAAAUUGGUGAAGGAAUUGUUGAAUGUCAUUUAUCAAAUUAUAUCCAUGAUACAUCUAACGCUUCACGUAAUUACUUUAUUGAAGAAAAUAAAAAUGAUAACCAUCAAAAAUAUGAAAAUGAAGAACCUCAAGAUAAUGUGAAACAAAAAAAAUGUAAAAUUCAAUUUAAAAAAACACAGCUUAAACAAACUAGAAAAAAAUUAAAACGGAAAAGUCAAAAAAUGGAGGACCCAGACGUAUACAUAAGUGCUGAUUUAAAAAAAGAACAUAAAAAUAUAGAUAUGAAAACAAAUAUUAAAAUUCCAGAUAAUUAUAUGACAGGUACUGAUACAGACUUAGAAAUUAUAGAAGCACAUACAGUAGAAAUAUUAAAACGCAAAAGAGAAGAAAAUAUAAAUAGGUAUCCAUGGCUUUGCACUGAUUGUAAUGAUAAAUUACCUAGUUUAGAAAAAUUAGAAGAACAUCAUGAAACUAUUCACAAUCAACAAGCAAAAUAUAUGUGUGCUUUAUGUUGUAAAGUUUAUGAUAAAUAUUAUGGUUUUCUUACUCAUGUCAAACGACACAAAAACAAGACAAAAUUCAGUUGUGAAGAUUGUGGAAAAUCAUUUGUACAUAAAAAGGUAUUAGAUUCUCAUAAAGCAAUUCAUAGUGAGGAACGACCUCAUGUAUGCCAAACCUGUGGGAAAGCAUUUAGACAACAAAGUGCAUUAUAUAUUCAUAGUCGGUGUCAUUUACCAGAUACUAUGAAAAAUAGAUUUCCAUGUGAUCAGUGUGACAAAAGAUUUUCAACAAAACCAAAUUUAGUCACACAUAAACGUAUCCAUUCUGGUGUUAGAAAUUUUACAUGUGAUCAGUGUGGCAAGAGCUUUAUUCAGAAAGGAAAUCUAGAAGCCCAUUUUUUAACUCACUCUGCAGAUAAGCCAUAUAAUUGCAGUCAAUGUUCAAAAGCUUUCAAAACACCACUACAGUUGAAAAAACAUGAGACAGUUCAUACAGGUGCUAAACCACAUCAAUGUGCUGUAUGUGGAAGAACUUUUAGAGAAAAAGGUACCUUAAGGGAACAUCACAGAAUACAUACUGGUGCAAUGCCAUUUACAUGUGAAUUUUGCGGUAAAUGUUUUCGAUUUAAAGGAAUAUUAACUACACACAGAAGACAACAUACUGGCGAACGUCCAUAUAGUUGUUUAGAAUGUCAACAUCAUUUUACAAAUUGGCCAAAUUAUAAUAAGCAUAUGAAACGUAGGCAUGGAAUUAAUACAUCUCAUGCAAAGCAUUUGUCACAAUCUCAACAGAUACAAUCACAGCAGCAAUUACCAGAGCAACAAUCAGAACAGUCACAAGCAGAUCACUCAAAUGCUUCAGAACAUUCACUUUCUAUAUCCCCUACGGAAUCAUCAACUGUACAUGUAAUACAAACUGUUUCACAUACAACAACUCAACCAAUAGUUGUACAAACUGUUCCAACUAGCACUGUCCAAAAUUUUCAAUCUGAUGUAUCCAGCACCGUACAAGAGACAGUUUUUCGAGAAAGGAGUGGGACAUACUUUAAUGCAGUUCCAGCAACCCUGCAAAACUUUUUACCGCCUAAUUUAUCAUAUAACUUUUAUAAUAUUUCUAAUAUUACAUAUAAAGAAUGAUUUAAUAUAAUAUAAAAAUUAUAUACUCAAAUCAGUUUAAACAAAUAUAUACGUAUACAAGUUUGUUUAAACAAUAAGUAAAAGAGGUUCUUUUCUGGUGUUUAAUUAUGUAAAAUAUUUAUUCAUUGUAAGUAGUAUUAAAAAAUAAUUUCUGUAAAAAUUGUACUUUUAUUGAUAUGGUUAAUACAAUCACAAAGAACAGAUUUUGAAUUCAGAAUUUAUUCAUAUUGUUAGUGUGUGGCAAAGUACAUACUGGCGAGAGAAAUUAAAUACUUAUAAUGCUUUCGAUACUGCGAAUGAAAUAAUAUUAAGUCUGAUUUGAAUUGCUUUGAUAUGUUUUCUUCUACUGACAUUCAUGUUGGACAAGUGAAAACAGCUUUCCAACUUGAGGAUUGGAAAUAUAUUUAUUUUUAUAAAAAAUAUAGUAAAAGUUAGCAUAGUUUUAAAAAUAGCGUUAAAAUAUCGUUUUAAAGUAGCGUAGUUAUAAAAGUUAGCUUAAUUUUUGUUGUAAAAUAUUGGUCCAUUUUCCUUAAAAUUUACAUCUAUAAAAUUUAAACAAUUCUACAAAAUGUGAAUAAAUUGGUAUUUUUAUUUUCGGUAUUAUAAUAAAAAUUAUUGUCUUUCUUAUUUUCGUCUUUGUUAUUUUAUAUAAAUGAAGUUGUUAAGCAUAUAUGAUCGUGUAUGAUUGAAAAGUUCUAACAGUAUAUAAUUUUCUAUAUGAUUAAUAACUAUGUUUCAUUAAUUUUUCUUCGAGAAAUCAAAAUUAGUGUCUAAUACAUGAUACAUAAUAAUAGUGAGAUUGUAAAAUCGGACAGUGGAUAAAAUUUACAAUUUUCGACAAAGGCAUUGAGUAGGUUUACAUACUUCCGGGGCCGGAUGGAGUCACAGGCCGGAUCUGGGGGGAAGUGAUGGGGGUCAUGGCCCCCAAAUUUCGACGCCUCUAUACGAGAUGUCUGAGAGAGGGAGUCUACUCCUGGGCAUGGCGGACGGCGAGGUUGGUCUUGCUCCGUAAAGAGGGCCGACCGACGCCUUUGUCACGACCGGCACCCUUCAAAUCCGAUGGACCGAUGAUGGAGGUAAAGAUGUAGCGGCACUUGGCGACUAUGUAUAUCGCCGAAGUGCCUAAUGAGUCAUCGAUGUCCCAACGGUCUUUCCACCGAAUGUUCUAGAAGAAGGGGUGCGUGGCAACGGUCACGUACACGUAAAAAGGAACAGAUCUCACCGAAAGUCAAAUUGUAAGAGCUUCAGUCUUGGAAAGUCACGGCCGGAGCUCAGAACCAAAUUGUAAUCAGUGUAAACCAAGUGUUCAAAAAUAAAUUCUCUUUUUUCAUUUUUUUA